AUGUCGGCCAACUUGUCAAUGGCUUUUGGACAGGUCGACCUGGGAGUCGUCGACGUCGACAGCGUUGGCAGCAUCGCUGCCACAGUGGCGACGGCCGUCUGCAACGUGACUGCAGAUUUUGCCGAGCCCUCGACACUAGACGGUGUGAGUCGAAGAAUGUCUUUGAGGCGUGAGCGCGUCAGCGAUGUGUCCCCUAGUCCUCCGUCGGUGGCCAUACAGGUGCUAGACUUCCUCAACGUGGUCUACAUGCCGGCCGUUAUCUACCUGGGGCUCGUGGGAAACGUCCUUUCUCUCAUCACCUUCCUCUUCACCAAGCUUAGGAGUCGCCCGUCCAGCCUGUACAUGGGAGCAUUGGCGGUGUCGGAUUCGGGCUUUCUCAUCAUACUUUCGUUCGCCUGGCUCAACGAACAAGGCAUCAGUGUUCCUCAGCACGGGCUCUGCUUCGUCAGCGUAUUUCUGACGUCCGUCUUCUCCUGCUGGUCCGUGUGGUUGACGGUGAGCUUCACGGCGGAGAGGUUUGUAGCAGUGCGCUACCCCCUCUGGAAGCUGCAGGCCAGCUCUCCAAGCCGGAGACCACGUCUCGUCAUUGGCGCCAGUGCGUUUCUCAGCUUGGCGCUCAACGCUCCUUUGCUGCUGUUCGUGAGUGCCGGCGACAGCGAGCACUCCGACUGUGGCCUUCAACCCGAGUACGAGAGCUCACUAUACUACCUGAACAUCUUGGACACGGUGAUCACCUUCAUCCUACCAUUUCUGCUGAUCGCGUUCAUGAAUUUCAUGAUUUGCCGUGCCAUAUACCGAUUCUACCUUCGCUACAGAAAGCAGCGUGUCAUGUCUGCCGCCUAUACAGACCGGCAUGGCUCCAUCGCGCAUUCACCCAGUAGGCUCAAUGGGGAGACAAUGGGCUCCAAGGACGGCACAAUCGCGGCAACCAGUGGCGGGGGAAUCGCCCACGCCACCCAAAUCAGCGUGACGCGCAUGCUCCUGCUCGUGUCCAGCGUCUUCAUGCUCCUCAAUCUGCCGAGCUACGUCAUGAGAAUCUACGUGUUCCUGCUCUCUCUGGGACACUCUGACCUUGCAGACGACGGCCAGAGCUCCCUGCCUUACGUGCUGCAGCGCUACUUCAUGCUGCUAUACUACACCAACUUCGCCAUCAACUUCGUCCUCUACAACGCCAGCUCGCGGUUGUUCCGGGUCACGCUGUGCGAUUACAUGCAAAGCAGGUGGCUCGCGCUGCGCGAGUCGAUGACCGGCGUUCGAUCGAGCCUGGGCCUGUCUUCGGCUUCUCAGAAUGAAGACAUCGUCAUUUGA